UUUUUCUCUCUAAACACUCUCUGCCUCUUUUUCACAGUUUAGCUCACAAAAAAGAAGAAGCCGACCUAACAAUGGCAGACACUGUGGUUCUUCGAGGCACCAUGAGAGCCCAUACCGAUCAAGUAACAGCGAUCGCUACACCAAUCGACAAUUCAGAUAUGAUUGUCACCGCCUCACGUGACAAAUCCCUCAUCCUCUGGAAACUAACCAAAGAGGACAAGACCUACGGUGUUCCUCAACGGAGAUUAACCGGCCAUUCUCAUUUCGUCGAAGAUGUAGUGCUCUCAUCUGACGGUCAGUUCGCUCUCUCCGGCUCAUGGGACGGCGAGCUCCGUCUCUGGGAUCUCGCUGCUGGCGUCUCAGCUCGCCGCUUUGUGGGACAUACCAAGGAUGUCCUCUCUGUCGCCUUCUCAAUUGACAAUCGUCAAAUUGUCUCGGCCUCCCGUGACCGUACGAUUAAGCUUUGGAACACUUUGGGAGAAUGCAAGUACACAAUUCAGGACGGUGAUGCUCACAGUGAAUGGGUUAGCUGCGUGAGAUUCAGCCCCAAUACGCUUCAGCCGACUAUUGUUUCGGCUUCUUGGGAUCGGACUGUCAAGGUGUGGAACUUGACUAACUGCAAGUUGAGAUGCACAUUGGCUGGACACGGUGGGUAUGUGAACACUGUGGCUGUGUCGCCUGACGGCUCGUUGUGUGCCAGUGGAGGGAAAGACGCUGUGAUUUUGUUGUGGGAUUUGGCUGAAGGGAAGAGACUGUAUAGCUUGGAAGCAGGCUCUAUUAUUCAUGCUUUGUGUUUCAGUCCUAAUAGGUAUUGGCUUUGUGCUGCUACUGAGAGUAGUAUUAAGAUUUGGGAUUUGGAGAGUAAGAGUAUUGUUGAGGAUUUGAAGGUUGAUCUUAAAGCCGAAGCGGAGAAAUCUGAUGCUGCCGCUACCACUGGUACAAAGAAGAAGAAUAUUUACUGCACUAGUUUGAGCUGGAAUGCAGAUGGAAGCACCUUAUUCAGCGGCUACACUGAUGGUGUAAUUCGAGUAUGGGGAGUUGGCCGUUACUGAGAAACCAUAGUGCAGAUUUUUUUUGUAAUGUUAAACAAAUGCUGUUAUUUUGGUAGUUGAAUACUUUAUUUAAUAUUUUGUUGACAGUAUUGGAGUUUUGUUUUGUUGCUAAGCUGGAUAUGUUAAAGUUGCAUAAUCUGUGGCAUUGAGUCUUAUUUUGCUUUUGAA